GCAGCUAUGCAUGCGGUGAGUUCAAGAAUCAGUGGGCCGAGUUCCGUGGUGCCUGCAACAGCAACCAGACCAGCUUCGAGCAGGCAUACUGCGACCUGGCAAACCAGUUGGAGACAAGCUGGGAGAAAUACACUCUCUGCCACACUCACGCAUCGCAAGUCCUGGCGGCAGAGGAAGGCAAGCAGAUGACGCUGCUCUCUGGAAGGCGACAGGAGUGGCGCGGACUCUUGAGGAUCGAGUGUCUUCUGGAUGCCCUCUCAUCUGCCAACAAAGAAGCAGCACUUCAGGAAUGCAUCUCGAAAAAUGUGACUGGCAUCGCCAACGAAACCUUGUCCCUCAUCUUCCCCGGGCAGACGGGCAAUGUGACUGAUCUCGUGACCUGCGCUGAGAAGUUGGAAUCCCCCGGCACGGAGGCCUUCGCGCGAUCCUACUACUCUGCCGUCCCUUCGGUGCUGAUGCCUGAAACUUUGACCACGUUUCACUGCGUGUCUGGCAUCGCCACCAGCCAUUGUCCUAUCGCCUCAAGCACGCUGUCGCUGCUCACUCGCGGGCACUAUGUGCCUCAUGCCCAGCCGGGGGCGCCUGCAUUCGCAUAG